UGGCGCAUAUGACAAAUCCCCUCGCAACAGUCGACCAGCUAUACCAGCGGACCUCUUUCAGCGCCUUACCCUCCGACCUGCAAGACAUCAUCUUCUUCACCACCCAAUGCCUGACCCAAGCCGCCGGCGUCCUGCUCCGGCUCCCCCAGUCCGUCACCGCACAAGCCAACGUCGUGCUGGCGCGGUACUGGCUCAUUGAGUACCCCCUCACCUAUGAGUUCAGCGACGUCUCCGCCGCGUCGCUAUUCCUCGUCGCCAAGCUCAGCGCGCAUCCCUGCCGGCCCCGGGACGUGUGCAAUGUUUACGCGUACCUUCUAUCCUCGAGCUCCUCAUUCUUCUCGUCGGCAGGAAAAGGGGAGGAGAAAACGGCGGAAAACAACGAAAAAGACAAGGGAGACCCGUCCUCGUACUACCUCCCCGAGAGCGCGUAUACCGCCUUCCGCUCGCGCAUCCUCCUGCUCGAGGGCCGCAUCCUUUACGCGCUGUCCUUCGACACCCACGUCGCGCUGCCGCACCCGCUCGCCAUCACUUACCUGCAGGCGCUCGACUUCCUCGGCCUGCCCAAGAACCAAGUCGCCGGCCGCGCCGUCGCGUACCUCAACACCGCCCUGCUGUCCCCGCAGCUGCUGUACCUGACGCACCAGCCCAACGCCCUGGCCGUCGCCGCUAUCUACGCCGCGGCGCGCGACGUCGGCGCCAAGAUGCCCGGAUGCGCGUGGUGGGAGGUCUUCGACGUCGACCGCGAGGAGUUGGGGUUCUUGGUUGUGGGCAUGCGUAGUUUGCAGGGCUGGGUGCAAGAGCAGAAGGGGAAGUAUGAGGAGCUGAGCCAAGGCAUGAUUACGAGACGGUUCAUCGAGGGGGAGAUGAGGAAGAGGGGAUUGAGAAUCGGAAAUGGGAGUGCUGCUGCUGCUGCUGUUUCGGGCGGUGAUGCAAUGGUGGAGGAGGAAGAGGAUGAAGAGGCGGCUCUGAUGCGACGAAUGGAUGAGGCGGCGGCACAGCUGGAGGAGCAGGGGGUAGAGCAAUAAUGAGGUUGCUCGCGAUACGUUCUUUGGCUGAUACGGCUUUUAAUGAAGAAGGCAGCCAAGGCCUAUUUUGGUAUAUGACCUAGGUUACUAUACAGGCCCAGCAACAAGUAGCAAGGCGAGUAGGAAACACGUAGGAAUAGGAAACACAGAAAGGUGGCCUGCCAGAUACCCAGUCAAGCCAAUAUUAGCAUAUCACACAGAUAAAUAGAUCUUGAUGUAGGGUACUAAAGAAUUACCUCAUCAUUUUACAUGCGGAACUCGCCAUCGUCUUUUAACAUAGGAACAGUUACCUAGUGUUUACCUACUUAUUGCCCGUCGAAUAUAAAAC